AUGUCGAGCUGGGCGGGCCAGCCCUCCAUCAGGGGGAGCUCGGAGGCCAUGCGAAUGGUUCUCUUGACAUUCAACACCCUUGGAAUCACCUUCACAUGGGGAAUCGAGAUGACAUACUGUACCCCCUACCUCCUCAACCUCGGACUCACGAAAAGCAAUACUUCGCUGGUCUGGAUCGCGGGUCCGCUGUCUGGACUGUUGGUGCAGCCCAUCGUUGGCGCGAUCGCCGACGAGUCCAAGUCGAAAUGGGGCAGGCGGCGACCAUUUAUCGUCAUGGGUUCCAUCAUCGUCGCAUUCAGCCUGCUGGUGCUAGGGUUUACCAAGGAGAUUGUAGAAUUUUUCAUAUCCGAGAAGGAGACCGCCCGGGUCGUUACCAUCAUCCUUGCGGUCCUGGCGAUAUACUUUGUAGAUUUCGCAAUCAAUGCUGUCAUGUCCUGCGCAAGGAGCUUGAUCGUCGACACGCUGCCGAUUGAGAAGCAGCAGACCGGCGCCGCCUGGUCUAGCAGGAUGUCCGCCAUUGGACACAUGUUGGGCUAUGGAGCCGGCGCCAUCGACCUGGUCGGCAUCUUUGGCACCACCCUGGGCGACUCGCAGUUCAAGCAGCUCACCCUGAUCGCGACGUUCCUGAUGGUUUUCUCGUCGGGCGUCACCUGCUGGGCCGUUAACGAGCGGGUCCUGGUCUCGACGAGGCGCGACCCCCGCAAGGCCACCGGGCGGUUCAAGGUGGUCCGCCAGAUUUGGUCGACGCUGCUUCAUCUCCCUCCUCGGAUCCAGGCCAUCUGCUGGGCUCAGUUCUGGUCCUGGAUCGGCUGGUUCCCGUUCUUGUUCUACAGCACCACGUGGGUUGGUGAGACCUACUUCCGAUACGACGCUCCCGCAGAGGGCAAAGACUCCAAAGACGCCCUCGGAGACAUUGGUCGCAUCGGCAGUUUGGCGUUGGUCAUCUACUCGGUCAUCACCUUACUCGGCGCCUGGCUCCUCCCGCUGCUUGUGAAAUCCCCGGACGACGACAACUUUACGGCGCGUCCGCCCCAGACCAUUGCCCCGAUCCUAGACAAGUUGAACAAGAACAAGCCGGACCUCAUGACGGCCUGGAUCUGUGGCCACCUCAUGUUCGCCGCCGCCAUGUUCCUGGCCCCCUUUGCCCAGAGCUUCCGUUUCUCGACCUUCCUCGUCGCCUUCUGCGGCCUGUCCUGGACCAUCGCCAUGUGGGCCCCGACAACCUUCAUGGGCAUAGAGGUCAACAAGCUCAGCGGGGCCCGCGAGGGCCGCGCGGCGUCGUACCGCCGCCUCUCCACCGACUCCAACAUCGAGCUCCCCACGAUGGACCAAGACCAGCCGCUGCACCUCGAGCACGGGCCGGGCGAGGGAGGGCAGCAGGCGACAUCGUCCACGGGCGAGCUGUCGGGCAUCUACUUUGGCAUCCUCAACAUCUACACCACGCUGCCGCAGUUCAUCGGCACCUUCAUCAGCACCAUCGUCUUCACGAUUCUGGAGCCUGGCAAGAGUCCGGAGCUCUCGGACGCGCCGGAGCACGAGCAGCACGGUACCGACGGCCCCAAUGCCAUCGCCGUGUGUCUUUUCAUCGGCGCCGUAUGCGCCGUAGUGGCGGCGUACGCGACACGGAAGCUCAAGUACCUGUAA